AUGGAACAUCGAGAACAGACAAUGUCUUUGAUGAACAGGCCCGAUGAGCGAAAUGAGCGGAGGCGUGAAGAAGCGCGCCGUGCUCGAGCUAACCAGGCCAGGCCACUUGCAGAACCCGAAACUAUUCAAGUCUUCCAGGGGGAUAGUACAUUCAGCAGAGUUACA